UGGGGGCGAGAGCUCACAAACUGCGUCAACGAGGCUCCCGAGGACCUCGACGACUACCUCACUGUUUAUGUCCCGAGCCACUCCGAUCCAUCAGAGGACAUCAGGGCUCACAUCAAACCCAACCUCUUCGACAAGUGGAAUCCGGCCAAAAGGAAGGAAGCGGUGAUGUACAACCAUUUGAUUGAUGCAUUCGAUACACUCAUCGCACCAUUUCCAGACCAUCUACGCCUUACUUUUUGCGACUGCGCUGGCCAAAAGAUCUCCUUCCCCUUCAAGGACCAUGCUGAUUACCAUGUAACAAAGCCCGAUAUUGUCGCAUCGUUUCCCGGAAAGAAGCUCCCUCGUAUGCAGACUAAUCCCACCUGGUGGACAGUCAGCAUGACGAUUGAAGCCAAAGCUACUGAGGAGCAGGACCCUUUCGGCAAGCAGGGCCAAGUCCACGUCGAUACCGUCACGCAGCUCGCUAUCAGCGCGAGGAACCUUCUCUUCGCUCACGGCUUCUGCUAUGUCUUUAUGAUUGGUCUGUACGGUCAUUCUGCUCGCAUCGUGCGCUUCGAUCGCUCCUCCGCUGUCGUCAGCAAAAGAUUCAACUACCGCGAACGCCCCGAUCUCCUGCAGAGGUUCUUCUGGCGUCUGGUCCACCCUAUCAUCGGCGACACCCUUGUCGGGAGCGAUCCUAAUGUGCGGCCGUUGACCUCGAACGAAACUCAGUGGGUCAGUGGCCAGCUGGAGAAGCUUCAGUGGGGUAUGACUAUUACAGACGAGGAACUCCGGAAGGGACGCAAGGUCAUGGUUCCGGAGAGCGACGCCCACGACGCGAAGACCAGGGAUUUCAUCUUGUUCGACCUCAUCGAUGUGAACCCCCGCUUGUUCAGCCGUGCGACCAUGGUUUGGCUGGCCAUUGAGGACACACGUGAACAUUCUCUGGACCCGUCUUGCGAGGACCCGCCCCCCAAGCUUGUCGUCUUCAAGGAGACCUGGCGGCAGAUCAUCCGACGGCCUGAGAGCCAUUUCUACGAGCGUCUCUCUGAGAUUCCGGAUGACGUCCGGACAGGCCUACCGAAGAUGCUUUAUGGUUCUGACGUCGGAAAGCGGGAAGUGGAGGCCUGGAAAGCUGCGGGUGGCCACUUUCCCUACGAGGCGGACAGUAGCCACAAGCACAUUGCACGUGAACGUAGCCUUGUUCGCCUGGUGGUGAACGCUGUUGGAAGGCCACUCAAAUGCUUUAGAAGCACCCGUGAGCUUGUCGAGGCCACGCGAGACGCUAUUGAGGGUCAUCGUGAAGCUUGGGAAGUUGGGGUUCUGCAUCGGGACGUCAGCACAGGCAAUAUCCUCAUUUCUGAAAGAGCUGAAGAGCGGUUUCGCGGCUUCCUGCAUGACUUCGAUUAUAGUUCCAUGACCAAGGAGAUGCCGCCACCUCUUGACGACUCCGAUCCAUGUACCGACCCGCUCCUUUGCAUGGCCGAAGUAUGUGAUGAUGACGACUUGAAAGAGCGAACGGGAACAUACUAUUAUAUGUCAUACGACCUACUCGAGACCGAGGACUGCGUCCACUCUGUGCACCACGACUUGGAAUCGUUCUAUUGGGUUUUGCUCUGGAUCAUCCUGCGCCACACGAAGCAUGACUUCAAGAUUACUAGGAACCAGCCCAACCCUUGCGCUGCUAUCUUCCAAUUCGGCGAUGACCAGGGCGCCGCGAACACGAAGAGGGGGUGGUUGACUAAGCCCCGGAGCUUCGUCCUCACGGUGGAAGACAACAAACCUUUGACAGAUCUUUUGCAUGCAUUCAGGAUGCUCAUCUUUCGGACGAAUGUCAUCAGCCUGUAUCUCGAACCGCGCGAGUACCUCACCCAUGCUGCGGUCCUCGAACUCUUCGACAAGGCGCUGGCUCGUACUGAUGAAUGGCCUGACGCGGCCAAGGACGGACCG